GGAAGUGGCCCACGCGCCUGCUCAGUGCACCCGGGCCCGGCAGUCCCGUGCCGGCGGAGCGCGGUCCCUCCAGGCCGCCGUACCGCCUGCUCCGGCGGGUUGGUGAGGAAUGGAGCCGGUGUGCGGCGGCGGAGACCGCUGCGGCUCCUCCUCCGCAGACCCACGGGGCACCUUCGUGUUGAGUAACCUAGCGGAGGUGGUGGAGCGUGUGCUCGCCUUCCUGCCCGCCAAGGCGCUGCUGCGAGCGGCCGGCGUGUGCCGCUUAUGGAGGGAGUGUGUGCGCAGAGUGUUGCGGACCCAUCGGAGUGUGACCUGGAUCUCCGCAGGCCUGGCUGAGGCCGGCCACUUUCAGGGGCAUUGCUUGGUUCGUGUGGUCGCAGAGGAGCUUGAGAAUGUUCAUAUCUUACCACACACAGUUCUCUACAUGGCUGAUUCGGAAACGUUCAUUAGUCUGGAAGAGUGCCGUGGCCAUAAGAGAGCCAGGAGAAGAACUAGUAUGGAAACAGCAUUUGCCCUUGAAAAGCUAUUCCCGAAACAAUGCCAAGUCCUUGGGAUUGUGACCCCAGGAAUUAUAGUGACUCCAAUGGGAUCAGGUAGCAGUCGACCUCAGGAAAUAGAAAUUGGAGAAUCUGGUUUUGCUCUGUUAUUCCCUCAAAUUGAAGGAAUAAAAAUACAGCCUUUUCAUUUUAUUAAGGAUCCGAAGAACUUAACAUUAGAAAGACAUCAACUCACUGAAGUAGGUCUUUUAGAUAACCCUGAACUUCGUGUGGUCCUUGUCUUUGGCUACAAUUGCUGUAAGGUGGGAGCCAGUAAUUACCUGCAUCGAGUAGUCAGCACUUUUAGUGAUAUGAAUAUCAUCUUGGCUGGGGGCCAGGUGGACAACCUGUCAUCACUGACUUCUGAAAAGAAUCCUCUGGAUAUUGAUGCCACUGGUGUGGUUGGACUGUCAUUUAGUGGACACCGAAUCCAGAGUGCCACUGUGCUCCUCAACGAGGAUGUCAACGAUGAGAAGACUGCUGAGGCUGCGAUGCAGCGUCUCAAAGCGGCCAACAUUCCAGAACAGAACACCAUUGGCUUCAUGUUUGCAUGUGUGGGCAGGGGCUUUCAGCAUUACAGAGCCAAGAGGAAUGUUGAGGCUGAUGCAUUUAGAAAGUUUUUUCCUAGCGUCCCCUUAUUUGGCUUCUUUGGAAAUGGAGAGAUUGGAUGUGAUCGGAUAGUCACUGGGAACUUUAUAUUGAGGAAAUGUAACGAGGUAAAGGAUGACGAUCUGUUUCAUAGCUACACAACCAUAAUGGCACUCAUUCAUCUGGGGUCAUCUAAAUAAAGCCAUCUUUAAAGUGGCUUUC